AUGCCCGACUCUGAUUCCGAUAGCAGCAAUGAGGGGUUUCAGGUCCGAGUCGCUCUCAAGCUGGCGAGUACUGUGGAGAAUCGAUCCCUAGAGGUUCCAACCGAACCAAUCGCAGUUCCUGCCGAUAUUGGAAGAAAGGGAUUGUCAGCUGUGGUGAAUCACUUGCUCGGUCGAUCGGUUGGUGACAACGAUGACAGUGAUAAUGACAGCAAAAGUGAUGCUGACGAGGAAGACGAUGACAAGGCCCAACUGAACUUUGAAUUCAUUGUCUCGGGUACCAACAACAGACUGUUACGAAAGGGAGUGGAACGGGAAGCACGGCAACAUGGAAUUAGUUUGGAAGAAGCCAUUCCGAUUACCUACUUUCCAGCCUCCAAUGUACCAGACUUAUCGGAAGAGAAGGAAGAACUCCCGGACUGGGUCUCAUCCUUGUCAUCCAGUGGCAGUCUACUCUUUUCUGGUUGUUAUGACGGAACAGUUCACGUCUACCGAAAUGAUCAACAGGCGCUGAAAGAGGUUCAUUCCGUCACUGUAUCCUCCGGACCUAUAAAAUGCUUGGACACCACGGUGCAUAAGGACCAGACCUGGGUAGCCACAGCAUCCCUUGAUCACACUCUAUCUAUCCACACUUGCGAUUCUAAGGGAAAAUCUAUGCAAGCCUUUGGUGAAUGCAUUCAUGAAGGCUUCUCGUGCACCACGUCCUCUCUCAACUUUUGUUCAGCACCCUCUCAAUUGUUGGCCAGUGGAGGUGGUAAUGGAACGAUUUGCUUGUGGGAUGUGACCAAUGCCGGCAACGAUGGCACAGAUGCCGCCCCCAAGAAGCGAAAGACUUCGAGUGGCAAGAAAUCGUUACUGGCUCAAAUCCGACCUACAGCAGUGUUGCAGUCGGCCCACUCGCAAUUGGUCAGUGGGGUCUCCUGGGGCAAUCAUUCCAAGGAUAAUGCUACAACACUAAUUAGUGGAAGUUGGGACCAUUCGAUCAAGCUUUGGGACGUCGAGCGACAAGACUGUCUGUUAACUUUGAAUGGUUCUCGUGUCGUCGCCUGUCUAGACACGUCCUACCACUCCGAAGGUGUUGUGGCCACUGGGCAUCCAGACUGUACCAUUCGUUUGUGGGACGUUCGAACAAAUCAAUCGAACCAAUCAUCUGUUGUUUCCGACAAGACAUUCCGGCCAUCGCACAAGGCCUGGGUAUCUUGUGUCCAAUGGAGUCAGACCAAUGCUUUUCAUUUGGUCUCGAGUAGUCAUGAUGGGACUGUCAAGCUUUGGGACAUUAGGUCAUCAAAUCCACUUCAUACAGUCAAGGUAUUCGGCAAAGAGGAAAAGGGUCUUUGUCUAAACUACCAAGCAUCCGCCGAAGAUGGCCCCAAAGUCUUUGUGGGGGGAAGUGACUGUUCCAUCAAAUGCAUAUCAUUUUAG